CAUUCCCAACUCACCUCUCAAUUCAACUCUCACCUCCAUCUCCGAUCCAUUCCUGCCACAAAAUGUGUAUUGCUUCCUCAGACCAGAUUCCAUUCCGCAACCUCAACAUUCCUACGCAUAAAAAACGGCGGAGCCGACGACGUUCCAACUUCCAAGUCCACAGCCUAACAAGGAGACUAGUGCAGAAGAGACUCGGAGGGGAAGAAGACGAGGAGAUUGAGGUGAUGAACUUGGAAUUGUACUUGAAGAACAUAAGUAUGAUGAAAGAGAAUGAGAUGUUGAGGAAGAAGGCUAACCUCCUGCAUCAAGAGAACCUUGCUCUACUCUCUCUGUUUCAACAGAGGUUUAAUUACUUGCCUCCACCCUGCACUCUCCACUGAAGUAUAUAUAUAUAUAUAUAUAUUGUUGUGUAAUGUAUUUAUUAUAUUCAUUAGUUCAAGUCGUUGUUCGUUUCUGGUCUUUAAUUUGCUCCAGCGACUCUGCCGCCGCCGCCGUUGCCUCGCCGGAAUCUUUUCUCACGUUCUGCUAAUAACUUAGUAUUAAUGGAAGCAA